CAAUUUCCGGCAUAAACACACGGACGUCCCGGCAGGAACGACAGGAGCAUCAUGAGAGGUCAAAAGUUAUGAUCCCAAUCUUCUGUAUCGAACACGGUACAUAACGUACAGUCAUGGCCAGUUCCAUGGUGGCCGUGGGACUGGCUCUGGCAGCAGCCGGAUUUGCAGGUCGCUAUGCCAUGCAGGCCAUGAGGCAGAUAGAGCCCCAGAUGAAACAAGCUUUCCAGAGCUUCCCCAAGACGACUUUUGGAGGCUACUACAAAGGUGGGUUUGACCCAAAGAUGACCAAGAGAGAAGCAGCUCUUGUUUUAGGAGUCAGCCCCACAGCCAACAGAAACAAAAUCAGAGAAGCUCAUAGAAAACUGAUGAUCUUAAACCAUCCAGACAGAGGUGGAUCUCCUUACCUUGCAGCGAAGAUAAACGAGGCUAAGGAUCUGAUGGACGGCCAAACAAAAAAACAGUCUUGAAGAUGCUGGUGACAUAAACUGAGCAAAUAACACCUUUUUAUAAACUGAUUGUUUGCCAAUAAAGUCGUACUGUACAAAUUCUUAA